AAGAGUAUUCAUGAUUUAUGCAGUUGUUCUUGUGGCAACAAGUUUUUUAAAGUGCUAAUUAAAACUUCUAGUAUUUUUCUCACGUAUGGCAUCACAUUACAACAUUCUGUGGUUUAUUCUUCAAUGCACAGCUUUGAGCAUGAUUAGCAUUAAUGAGGACUUGUAUGUGCAUAACAAAGAAAAGCCAGAUCAUUCAAUAAUCCAGUUCCUUCUCUGAAUGGAAUACUGACAAUAUCUUGUUGAUCUUCCUACUCUUCAGAGGAACUUCACAGUGGCAGGAGAAGGCAUGUCCUUAAGAAGCAACAGGCUAAUUAGAACACACAACCUUCCCAGCAGAUACUGCUUUUAUUCUACCAGGAGAUAAAAAUAAUUAGCCUUCUAGACCAACAAAAAUAGCAGAAUCUGAAAUGUUGAGAACAAGCAUUUCAAGAAUGCUGAAUCUAAAUAGGAUGGAUAUGAAAAGUAACAGCUAGAACUGAAACAUGUACAAGGGAACAGUGAUUAAGAUUAAACCAAUCCUAAUGACACAGAGUUGCUGAUGACUUCUUCCCUUCAUAUUGGAUGAUGCUUUAUAAGAGGUUGUCCUUGAAAAUAACUCAAGAAGCUGAAAUAUGACCGGACUUCCUGUUUGGCACUGUAGGUGAUGGCAGUGAUCUUUAUGAUCACCAACCUUUGGAUUAUGUGGAAUCGCUAGGACAGCUUAAAUCUGCUGUCCAGCGGUUCGAAAAACCCUCUCUUUGGGAGAAGAAGAGAUGGUGAGCUGAGGGCAGAGGUAGAAUUUCCCUAAAGCCCCUGAGAAAAAAGGGGUUUGAAGGGUUAAGUUCCCUCCAGCAACCCGAAGUACUCCAGAUCAGAGGAUUUUUCUGCUUUGGCGGAACCAAUCACCACGACCAAACACCGAGAUUUAUUUUGGACAAUAAAGGAUUAUACCGGACAGAAUGAAAGUGGGAGAACUUUAUGCAAGUAGCCAAGCCAAUUCCCCGUUACUUUGUAACAAGCUUGAAAACAGCAAGAAAAUGGAGGCGAAUUGUUAACAAGCUAACGAGUGGAAAGCGAAAGUGAUACUUUUAGCAUUUGCCGUCUGCUGCUGGUAAAUUGCAUGUUAUUUGCUACUUUAACUCUUUAACUCUUUGCUGCCUGCUGAUAGAAUCUAGGGGAGAUUUUUAAAUAUUGCUUUAAAAGACUGUGUUUCUCAGAGGUUAAGAAGAUUUAAAGUGAAUAUUAAGUUGGAAAUAAAUAAAUAAUUUUAUAGAAGAUGGCAGCCAAACAAUUAAAGUCUACUGUAACAAAGGGCUCUGGAAUUUCAUCAGCUGGUGCCUCUCCAGCUCAUACAGCAGAGACUAGAACAUUGAAUUUAGAGGCGUUACAAGAGAAUUUAAAAGACUUUAUACAAGAAAAAUUUAAAGUAAUAACUGAUGAGAUGUCUGAAAUGAAAGAGCAGAUAUUAGAAAUUCAAGUGGGAAAUAAAGAAGUUAAAGAAGGAUUUGUAAUUGCAGUACAAAGUUUGGCAACAAAUGUGAUUUUAUUAGAAGAGGAAGUUGAAGAAAUUAAGCAACAUAAUUCAAAAUUAGAAAAUAAAAUGGCUGAAUUUCAAAGUAAAAUGGAAAAAACAGAUGAUGAAAUAGUUUUGAUACAAUAUAGAAAUAUGGAAUUUGCUCUAAGAAUCCGUGGCUUGAAUGAAAAUAAAGAAGAGAAUUUAAGGGAAAUUUUUUCUGAAGUAUUUGCUGAGAUAUUAGCAGCUCGUCCAGCAGAUGUGGCUUAUCAAAUUGAUAAAAUAUAUCGUGUGAAUUCUUGGAUAGCAAGGCAAAAAAAGUUGCCAAGGGAUGUUGUUAUUUAUUUUACAAGCAGAACAGUGAGAAAACAGAUUCUGCAAGCCUCAUAUAAGGGGGAGAAGAUUCAGGUUGCUGGUCAAGAUAUUUUAAUAUUAAAGGAAAUUCCACCAAAAAUGUUCAGGGCUAGGAAGGAAUUUGCCUUCCUGGUGAAUGAACUUAAAAAAUGUCAGAUUGAAUAUAGAUGGGAUAUCCCAACUGGUAUAAUAGUAUAUUAUGCAGAGAAAGUACAUCGUCUCAAUACAGUUGGAAAAGCAAGAGAAUUUUAUGUUGAGGCAUUAAAAGUUGGAAGUCUUCCCCCAUUGGAAGCUAGAAGAAGGGAGGCUGAAGUGAAGGAAAGAAAAGUGAAGCAGGUACAAGAACAGAUUGUGAUGGAAGAAGAUUUAUUACAAGUGUUGGAAAUACCUACGACGGGUUCAGAUUCAAAAGAACAAAGGCUGACAAGAGCUGCUGCUAAACGCAAGGAACAAGAGAUGAAGGCACAACAACAACUGGCAACUACUACAACGGAAACAGUGGGAGGAGCAAGGCCUAAAGCAAAAUGUUAUCUGCGGCUAGUGUUCCAAAAGUUUCCUUUGGCCGAUAAUGGCAAUUAAACUAUUAUCUUGGAAUGUUAAUGGUUUGAAUUCAC